AGGCGGUGUGUGAAGGAUGCCACUAGCAUUACCCGGGCUGCGCCUCAUUGGUGUGUCCUGAUUCCCUUUUUCCAUUAGGCUCCGGGCCGAUUGGUCGCCUGCCUUCAAACCAUUAUCUCUACUCUACCACCCCUCUGUCAUCCUUUCUCCCUUCGCUCUUCUUCUCUCCUUCAUUCCCAGUCAGCUCUCAAGUCGUAAAAAUGAUUUGCAUGCAGGAGAGCAGAACUUUGCAGUGAUCACAGUAAGUGAAUUGGGAGAUAGUAAGGGAGAGAAGUAACAGAAGAAGAAGUGAAAGGAAAGGAAAACGCAUUUUGGAGAGCAAGAGGAAAAGUUUAAGGAGAAGACUGCAGUUGAAAAUGAGUUUAGUGGAGACGUCGUGAGCCGUUCUUCUCCAGCUGAACAUUAGCAGGUCACGGUGGAAUCAGAAGUCUGGACAGAAGAGCUGUCUCAACCGCAAACCAUUUCAGAUGGAGGUGGAUGCAGAUGAUAAGCGCCAUCGCACACGCUCCAAAGUGCCUGUGGACCCGGCAUUAACAGAGCUUUUCAGUGUGUACGGCUGCCCUCUGGCCAAGAAGAGAAAGAGUCUAGACAGACAAGCCCAGGAAACGUCCCCUAAGAGGAGCGCCUACCUAGGUGACAUGAACAACUCCACCAUGGAGGAUUGCUACGAGACAGACGGAACAGAAGAGAUGGACAACAGGGAGGAAGAGGAGGAGGAAGAAACAGUAGAGGAAGAAGAGGAAGAGGGUGAAGUGGAGGAGGAAGAGGAGGAGAUAGAAGGCUACAUGGACUACAACAUAGAGCACAUGGAGCAUGAAGAUGGGGAGAUGGAGAGGGGGGAUGGAGAGGGUGAAGAAGAGGAGGAAGAAGAGGAGGUAGAGGUGGAGCAAGAAGAGGAGGAAGAGGUCGAUGAGGAGAGGGUGCAGGAGGCAGAGGAAGAGGAGGAAGCAUUAGAAGAGGUGGACUUUGACGAGGGAGAGGAGGAGGAAGGAGAGCAGAGUCAAGGGCAAGAGGACGAUCAUAUGAGCAGUGGCCAGGGAGCCCAAGGCGAUGGUAGAGGUGGUGGUGGUAAUGCCACAUCUGGCCAACUGACAGAGAAGGACGACAAUAACAACGAUGAAUAUGAGAACUACGAUGAACUUGUGGCCAAGUCCCUCCUCAACCUGGGCAAGAUCGCAGAAGACGCUGCGAACCGAGCCAUGACAGAAUCUGAGAUGAACAGCAACUCAUCCAACAGCGCUGAGGAAGAAGAUGAGGAGGAGGAGGAAGAGGAGGAAGAUGAUGAAGAGGAGGAGGAGGAAGAAGAAGAGGAAGAGGAGGAGGAAGAGGAGGAGGAAGAGGAGGAGGAAGAAGAGGGGGAAGGGGAUGAAACACAGAGGGGUGAUCUAAGUUUGGACAUUGACAGUGAUGUCGUUCGGGAGACGGUGGACUCCCUGAAACUGCUGGCCCAAGGUCAUGGUGCAGUACUGGCUGACAAUUUAGAUGGACAGGAGUUUGAGGAUGGGACAGCUCAGAAUGGGGGUGAGAAUGACUGUACUCACAAUGGUGGAAAUGCACAUAAUGGUGGUACCGGACAAGGUAAAAUAACUAGUAAUGGACAAAUAGAAAACAGUGACGAGGAAGUGUGUUUAAGCAGUCUGGAGUGCCUACGGAAUCAGUGCUUUGACCUGGCUCGGAAACUAAGUGAAACAAAGUCCUCUGACCGAAAUGGACCAUCCCAGCAAAUUCACUUUUCAUGCGGGGAUCCUAAUCAGCAGCCCCAGCAUCACAGCUAUGGGGAUUUAAACCACAGCCAAGACAACAGGCGGUUGCUUGAAAGGAAUUAUUCUGACAUGGACAAUCUCAUGAAGCUUGAGGAACAGCUGAGCCCACGCUCCAAGGCCUUCUCCAGUUGUGCACAGGAUGACCGAUAUCAUUCCAUCCACCGGGACUUUGAUGAGGACACAGCCUCUGUGACAUCAGACCGAUCAGAGGAAGUGUUUGACAUGACAAAGGGUAACCUGUCCCUGUUGGAGAAGGCCAUUGCACUAGAGUCAGAGCGUGCUAAGGCAAUGCGGGAUAAGAUGGCAGCUGAGGCUGCCAGGAGAGACGGGGUGAGGUAUAACCAUGACGACCACAGCCAGAGGCAUGGUUACGGUGUUGAGCGCAAAGCCCGGCUACCUGAUGGAAUGAAGAAGCCUUUCUACCAUAAAGAUGCUUCACGCGCAGACAAGAAGGAGAGUCGGUGUCCGACACCAGGCUGUGAUGGCACGGGUCACGUGACAGGCCUGUACCCCCACCAUCGGAGCCUCUCUGGCUGUCCACACAAAGACAGGGUGCCACCAGAAAUAGUGGCUAUGUAUGAGAAUGUUCUUAAGUGUCCUACACCUGGCUGCACGGGACGCGGCCAUGUCAAUAGCAACAGAAACUCCCACAGAAGUCUGUCAGGAUGUCCUAUCGCUGCAGCUGAGAAGCUGGCCAAAGCCCAGGAGAAGCACCAGAGCUGUGAUGGCUCCAAGUCCAACCAGGCCUCUGACCGAGUUUUAAGGCCUAUGUGCUUUGUCAAACAACUGGACUAUCCUCAGUAUGGUUACAAGAACAAUGUUUCCACCAGCACGCCUCGCUCUAACCUGGCCAAGGAGCUGGAGAAGUACUCCAAGACCAGCUUUGACUACAGCAACUUUGAUGGCAGUAACAACCACCAAGUGUACGGGAAACGGGCCAUCGCACCCAAAGUGCACGGACAAAGAGACACCUCCCCCAAAGGAUAUGAUGCCAAACGUUACUGCAAAAACUCCAGCUCAGCCAGCAGCACCACCAGCACCUAUGCUCCCAGCAGUAGCAGUAGCAGCCUGAGCUGUGGAGGUGGAGGAGGGGGCACGGGAGGAGGCAGAGGGGGUGGGGGUAGCAGCGCCAGCAGUACCUGCAGCAAGAGCAGCUUUGACUACAGUCACGACAUGGAGGCUGCCCAUAUGGCAGCCACGGCCAUCCUCAACCUGUCCACACGCUGCAGAGAACUGCCCCACAGCAUGGGAGGGAAGCCCCAGGAUCUAUGCUCGCAGAGUCCUGGACUAGAUGUUGACGAGAAUGGUACAUUGGACCUGAGUAUGAGCAAGCGUCUGUGCAGCAGCAGCGGCGGCAGCGGCAGCAGCGGCGGCGGCGGUGGAGGGGACUCAGUGCUCACCCCCCUAGAGCCCAUGUCCCCCCAGAGGCAAGCCGCCCUGCUCGGCUCCCGCUGCUAUGGCAUGGGGGAUGCCGCUGACUGCUGGGACCUGCCUGUAGACUACACCAAGAUCAAACAUAUAGACGAGGACGAGAAAGAGCAGGACGACCUCGAUCCCUUCCAUGACCUGCUGGAAGACCGCUCCUACACCACAGAUGUUAACAUUCCCAGCCCCAAGCCCAAGUAUGUCCAGUGCAAAGAGAGUAAGAAGGACCUGAUAACAUGUCCCACACCGGGGUGUGAUGGAAGUGGUCACAUGACGAGCAAUUUCUCCUCACAUCGAAGUCUCUCAGGUUGUCCUUUAGCUGAUAAAAGCAUUCGAAGUAUGCUGGCCAACAACGCGCAAGAGCUCAAGUGCCCGACACCAGGGUGCGAUGGUUCGGGACAUAUCACUGGCAACUACGCCUCACACAGAAGUCUCUCAGGGUGUCCACGGGCCAGGAAAAGUGGAAUAAAGAUUAUCCACAGUAAAGAGAACAAGGAGGACCAGGAGCCUAUCAGGUGUCCAGUCCCAGGUUGCGAUGGUCAGGGGCAUGUAACGGGGAAGUAUGCAUCCCACAGAAGUGCAUCAGGAUGCCCCAUAGCGGCGAAGAGACAAAAGGACGGCUACCUAAACGGCAUCCAGUUCACGUGGAAGUCUGGCAAGACAGAGGGCAUGUCCUGCCCCACACCAGGCUGUGAUGGCUCGGGUCAUGUCAGCGGCAGCUUCCUGACACAUCGCAGUCUGUCAGGUUGUCCGCGUGCCACCUCUGCCAUGAGGAAAGCCAGGCUCUCAGGAGUGGAAAUGCUUACAAUAAAGCAGCAACGUGCCAGCAACGGACUGGAGCACGAAGAGGACAUCAAACAGCUGGAUGAAGAAAUCAAAGAUUUAAGUGAAUCAAAUUCACAAGUGGAAGCAGACAUGAUCAAACUUAGAACACAGAUUACAACAAUGGAGUCCAACAUGAAGUCCAUAGAGGAGGAAAACAAGGUGAUUGAACAGCAAAAUGAAUCUCUCCUGCAUGAGCUGGCCAACCUCAGCCAGUCACUGAUUAACAGUUUAGCUAAUGUCCAGCUCCCUCAUAUGAAACCACUGGCACACAAAGAACCUCCUCUAAGGAAUAACAGCUGCUUACAGUUGCACCAGCAAGAGCCAAUAAGCGAGCAGAACUUUGACGCCUACGUGACCACUCUAACAGAUAUGUACACAAACCAAGACCAGUUUCAGAGCCCAGAAAACAAAGCCUUGUUGGAAAACAUCAAGCAAGCUGUUCAAGGAAUCCAAGUGUAGCCAUUCAGCAAAGGGAGAUUUUCUUUCCCCUAGCAGGUGUGGGUGGUGUAUCAAAUCCACAUACAAACACGCGGUGAUGGUUUUAUCUCUUCGGUUCGGUGCCGUAAAACAUAGUGUUAUAUAUUCUAAAUUCUGUUCAUUCAAAAAAAGAGGUAUUAUGCUUAGAAAGACCUCGAGAUUAUUUAUUUCUUUUGUUCUUUUCUUUUCAGGCUUUGCUUUGAGGAAGAACAUAAAUGAGUAACCGGCAAAAUACUUUUUGAGGACAUUCACAUUUUGUACGUUUUCAUAUGAGCUGACAUAGUGUCAUGUAAUGUUUUUAGCUGCUCAUGUAUGCACAUUUUUAGUGUAUAUUUCUGAACAGUAAGCUAAUGAUAACAGAACGUGAAUUCUUUUUAUUGCUUGACAACAAAGCAUUUUAGAUGAAAAAACUGGACAGUGAAAUAAAAAUGAAAAAAAUACUAGCAAAGAGGAAGCUACUUAUUUUUCUCUUCACUGGAUGAUUAUGGACUUGAUGAUUUUAGAUGUUUGGUUUUUUUUGUUUUGUUUUGUUUUUUUCGUCUUCGCCUUCUUCUUUUUAAUGCUUGAGAAAUUUGUGUUUUGUUUUGAUGAAAAAAAAAAAAAGAUGUGUAGCUGUAGGUGGGGGCAUUUUUAAUUGGUGCUGUAAAUGAAGCCGGAGAGGAAACUGACCUGAUGUAUGUAUGAAUGUAUGUAUGAACAGUUAUAUUGUAAACAUCAUUACACGGAAACCUGAUGGUGGAAAUCCCAUUGUCUAGGAGAGCCAAGUAAUUCCUAGAGAAAGACAUCUGUGCGGUGCAUGCAUGUUCACAUGCUCAUCCUUAACUAAUCUCAAAUAGAAAUGAUGUGUAAAGACAAUGACCUAUAGAGACUGCAUUCUAGCCUUUCUUGUAUCAAAUCUGCUCAAUUUCAAGACUUGUGUUGUGAGGAUCAAGAAAUGUCUCAGCAAUAUAAUAAGUGAAUAAUUUGUUUAAAGUAGGUAUGGGACGCACUCUGCAAAGGAAAAAAAAAAAAGGUUGGGUAUAUGCAAUUUCUUGUUUAUAAGCUUAGCGGGGUAACAUGAAUCUUUUUAAUAUAGCCUAUGUAAAAUAUUGAUUUUUAUACAAAUCUUUUAAUACAAAAAGUGUUUUUAAAAAAGAGGAGGGAACCUGGACACUGAGUUUUAGAAGCGAAAGUUUGAGUUCCACUUUUUUCUGUACGAUUUUGCACAGGGACACCUUCGUUUCCAUGUUUUGAUGUUCUUACAGAAACUAAAAGCAGUACCCGAGAGCCUAAAAGGAGGGUUUCAGUGGGUUUUGUAGAGAGUAUUUAUAGAGUAUGACAGCGGGACUUACAGGGUCACUGUCCCCACUUACGUGCCAGUAGACUAUUUGCACUUGUCCUUGAAAAUAUUAUCCUUACGUACGGCAGCGUGCAAUUUUCCAGGUGACCUCUUUGGCACACGAUUGGAGCAACCAACUGCUUGGAGCCACUGUAGGUGUGGAUUUAGUACCACUGAGAGAAGAAGAACAGGGACUUGAAAUCAGAGGAAAGGUUGAUUAUAACCAUAGCAGUUAUACUGUAGGCUUUUAUUAAGUGUAAACAGAAGUGUUCUUUCAUUUUUGCUAUGUUUUAGGAAGUUAAAGUUAUCCCCCAGCAGCACUUUAUAUCUAAUCACUGUACAAAGGAUUAAAUAGUCAAUCAAGUCAAGGUUUUAAAAAAAGCAGAGGAAAUGGUGAACAAGACCUUCAAGGGGUGAUACAAUCCAGUGUCACACCCGCGUGCCUGACUGUAUGCACCCCUACAUUCUGUUGUUCUAGUUGUUAGCGAUCAUGUUCAGAAUUUGCCUUUUUGAGAGCUAAUGCAAAAGGUGCUUGUUGUUCACCUGAUUGAUUCUCAUCUAUUGUACUUUACUGUCCUACUUCAGGACUCUACUACCAAUCAUCCAUGACUGCAUAUGCCUUUUUCCACAGCAUCGUGUCUGCAGCUUUUUGCCAAUAUAGUAAUGCUUCAGUAGAGUAAUAGCUAGUACCAGUUUUUGAAUUAAUUAUCAUUAUCAGUAAAAAGGGAAAAGGGAUUUUAAAGCACAAACCGGCUGCUCAUCUGAUGUUGGUACAUAAAUAACAAAUCUGAAUAGAGUUAUCUGUGACUAUCUAUAGGGAUCACACAAAGGUCGUCACAUAUUUAGAAAGCUGAUUUUUCAUAUAAAUUAUUGUGAAUUCAUCAGAGUUUAUUAUUUUAUUUGAGCCAAAUCAUUUUGAGACUGGUUUUCAGUGACCAUUAACAAUGACAGGAUUUUGUAUGAACUAUUGUGCUCUCUGUGGAACCGAAGUUUGAUUUAUUUUUGUACUACACAGCAUGGAUUUGUUGACAUUUUAAUUUUGCUAUAAAUGUGUGAGAUCACAAGUUGCUGUGAUAUUUCAUUUAUAAAUUGUGAACUUUGUACAAUUUUUGUCAUGCUGGAUGUUGACACAUCUUACUCUGAAUAAAGAAACAAUGUGUU